CUAGCCUGGGUUAUGAGUACACAUUGUGUUUUAGCUUGUUGACGUGUAAGAUAGUUAAAGUAUCUUUCCUUGUUUUUGUGUCACGCGAACUUCAAUUUCGGGAAUUACAUUUUGAGGAUAUUUUCGUUCGGAUUUAGCGAUUCAGAAGUUGAAAGGUUCAACAAAUGCCGCCUUUGCUGGGAGUAUGUUUGGCGUUGUUGUCCGUAGCAACGCCCCUUGUCUGGGGUUACAGUUCCGGCUGCCCGUCUACCGCAAGCGUGUGCUCUUCGAUGCUUCCGGGUCACGGAGCACCCGCCAAAACCACGCCUAUGCGGUACAGCCUUACUGUCGAUGGUGGAACAAGCAUCUACACCCCGGGACUUCCGGUUACUCUCACAUUGAGUGGCGGACCAUUUGUUGGCUUCGUGGUUAGAGCCUUGACCGGAACCGGAAAUGGUGUGUCAGGAAUGAAUAGCAUGAGUCCAAACGUCAUAACUAAAGACUGCGGACCUGUAAAGGACACCGUAACUCACUCCAGCGGCGCCGAAAAGACGACAGUGAUGUUCCAAUUUACGCCGCCAGUCGGAACGUCCGGCACCAUCGAGUUCCAUGUAACAGUUGUACAGGACUACGACAUCUACUGGGUGAAGCAGCGAGGACUCACACUAACUCCUACGGAAGCCGGAAGUGGUUCCAUAACCACGAAGCAGCCGCCUGUGUCAGUCCCCCAGACGACGGGUGUAAGCUCAACCACAAAGGUGCAGCCAGUUUCGCUCCCGCAGACGACGGUUGUAAGCCAAACCACGCAGCAGAAACCCGUUUCACUCCCCCAGACGACUGUUGUAAGCCCUACUGACAUCACGACACUAACACCCUCAACUUCCUCAUCCUCAACCUCCUCCUCAACCUCAGAGACGGGUACGAUACCCAAUGACCCCGCGUGUGGCAUCACCAAGGGUUGUUUCCAGCAAUGCACGGGAGACACCUGCUCCUACCUGGUCACAUGGCAGGACCUUGGAACAGGAGUGAGGUUCGAACUCUACGGCAAGCCGGGUACCGGAUCAUCAGAGGCAUACCUAGCGCUGGGCUUAUCAGCGGACAAAAGAAUGGGUGACGACAGUGUAACAGAGUGCGUGGCAAGCAACGGAGACAUUCGUGUGUUCAACUCCUACAACCGUGGAUAUGGCAACAACCGGCUCAACCCGCCUCAGCUCGGUUUGGCAAAUUUCCGGGGAGGCUAUCAGAACGGCGUUCUGUGGUGUGCGUUUACAAGACAGAAGAGCGGGAACGUCCAAUCGGAAAUGUUCGAUUUAAACCAGGACUGGUACUUGAUGCUGGCCAAGGGAUCGGCCGUCCCAGGUUACAUCCUGACCAUGCAUUCGACGGUCAACUUACCGCCGGUGUCGGCAUCCCAGGUAGAUUUCCAGUCGGCGACGGUGCAACAGGGCGUCCACAUUAAGUAUCCGCUGGUGAAGGCCCAUGGGAUCCUGAUGAUCAUUGCCUGGGUGUUGUGUGUAGGCGUAGGGAUACUGGCCGCCCGCUACUACAAGAAUGUCUGGGCCGACAAGACCUUCCUCGGGCUGAAAAUAUGGUUCCAGAUUCAUCGCGCCUGCAUGGUGUCUGCCUUUGUUUUGAACUCUAUCGCCUUCAUCAUCAUCUUUUCGUUUGUGAAAGGAUACAGCGAGAUUAAUAUUCAGGGAAAGCAAUACCUGGCCUCGCAUCCAGUUUUGGGAAUAAUUGUGACCGCUUUGUGUGUCAUUAACCCGCUGAUGUCGCUAGUUCGACCGGCCCCUGACCACAAAAACAGACCCAUAUUUAAUUGGGCGCAUUGGGGAGUCGGCAUGUGUGCAUAUAUUCUUUCAGCCAUUACGAUAUGUUUCGGCUUCCAACUUCCGAAGUCAUCCACGCCGACGUAUGCCGUCUACAUCAUGAUCGUCUACGUCAUUUACGUCAUUAUAUUUGACGUCAUAUUUGAGAUGACUGAAUGCUUCAGCAGACGACAAAAGAAAGUGGAGGCUGGUGGAAUGGAAAUGAGCAACAAGAAUGGAACCGACAAUGGAAAUGUACCCAACGGAAAAUCGUCUAGCAAGGAUCAAAUGCGAAAAAUGGACAAAAUCAAGACCUUCCUGCUAGUUCUACACAUCGCGGUUACGGGAGCGUUCGCCCUGGUGCUGGCGCUAGUGGUCGGACUCAACUGAUGUUCCUACGUAGAUACAUAGAGACGCGUUCUGGAAAAACUGGGCUUACUGCAUGUGCGUCAAGAGUCCCAUAUUAGCAUGUGUAGUACGCAUGUGGUAAUCAGGGACAACACUUUCCGUCUACACGUGAUUUUCGUUUAGAAGAUAUCUCGUUUAAGCGAAAAACUUCAUACAACGGACUACACAGGCAAAUCUGGGACUACACAUCACGCACAUUUCCUUGAACGACGCUCCUUAAAUUAACUGAAAUACGUGCUCAUGACAUAUUAAUACAAUUGAGCCGUGUUCUGUAAAAAGGGGGUUUAAUGCAUAUUGCGUAAAGUGCCGUCCCAGAUUAGCCUGUGUAGUCCGCAUAGGCUAAUCAGGGACGGCACUUUUCGCGAAAACUUGUUUCUUUCUCAGAAGAGACUAUCUUUCAACAGAAAAAACAAUAAAAGCGGAAAGUGGCGUCCCUGAUUAGCCUGUGUGGACUUAAUAGGCUAAUCUGAGACAACACUUUACGCACAUGCAUUUAACCCCCUUUUCAAAGAGCACGGUCCAAUUAUAUUCGUUUAAAUCAAUUAAUAUGUAAUUUAGACCCGCGGCAAACUAUAGAUAAACGUUGCUGAUUUCAUGUGUUACUCUUAUAAUUGGGAUCACACAUUAUAGUUUUUAAAAUCCUAUUUAUUUGCAAUGACAUUUAUAUUUUCGUCAGUUUUGGGAUGUUUCCAUUUGCAUCGUGGUGAUGGUAUGACGAAUCUCUUGCUUAUGCAACUGGUUCUACAAUGUGUUUGAAUGCUUGUAAUAUAAUGUGGUAUGGUCAAUUUUUUUUAUAAAGUAAAAUGUGUUGAUUGGGGUAAAAUAAUAAUAUUAUUUAUAUGAAGAAGCCAGCGCCGUUGUUAAAUGGAAUUUUACCACUUGUACAUGUAUAUAAAACAGAAAUAAUGUCACAAAGAACAUAAGUUGCUUUAUUGAAACAGUUAUUGGUGUGCUUGAUUUGUAAAUAUACGUUGAUAUUAUUAUUUCUUUUUUUUAUUUCUGUUAUAUUGUUGUAGAAAUAUUUUGGGACAUUUUGUGAUAAACAGGAAUAAUUUUAUACAUUAAGUUAUAGAGUUUAUGUUUUUAUCGACGAGUCAUAAUAAUUAAGAAUAUUAAUUUUUAUUAAAAUGUUCGCAAUCAUAUACAUAUUAGAACACUAUUUUAUCUAAGAUUUACAUAUCACAAGUGUUUAUUACUAAAGAAGACAUUUAAAAGGGGAAUGGAUAUGCCCAUGCAUCGUUUUCGACUCCAACAAUAACUGAGAAAUAAAGAUAUACCGGUAAAUUUAGAAGUUCUUGAUUGUUCCGCUGUAAAUAAGGUCACUUUUAUGAAGCACUAUGUCCAAAUAAUUUUGCAUGAAUGCUAAAUCAGUAAUUAAGCCACUGAAGGUUGUUGCAUAUAUCAUAGUAACGGUUUUUAGGUUUGCUCACUAGUUAUGUCAAUUAGUUUUCUCUAGCGUGCAUUUCACGCAUAAACCGGGUAACCCCUCUAAAUCGGAACCCUCUUUACCAUUAAAAAAUCCGGUUUAGAAGAGAUUCAAGUUAUGUAGGAAAAUAUGCUAUGAAAUAUUCAUCAGUUUAAUUACAUAGCACUUAGUAUAGUGGCAAACGCACAAUUACAAAAUUCUUUUGAGUGUGUUAAUUAUUACACACAGUGAAGAUUGAAUAAAACAUUAACAAUUCCAGUCAGUCUCUGACUCUCCAUUGCUUAACGAACAUUUAACACGUUUCUCUCUAUAACAACCACCGCUUAAGAAUCCAGUCCCGGUUUGCCCAUUAGGCAGAGAAGGCUACUCUCUAUGGGCCCCGCGACUCUAGGGGCCCUAUGGGACCAUGGCGAAAUAUUGGUUUCAUAUGAUUUCUUUCUGGAUAAAUAGCUGAAUACGUUAUUAUAUAGACUAAAGUGAUUGUUAUCUAAAAUUCGUAUUAAUAUAAUAAUUAUAAUAUCGUAUUGGCAUUACGGUAUUAUUAUGGCUUUGCGCAUUAUUAUGUAAUUGU